AUGACGGACAUGCAACAGCCGCCAAAAAAGGACAAAGUGUGCAUUGUGGGAAGUGGCAAUUGGGGCAGUGCCAUUGCCUGUCUGGUGGGGCGGAACUGCGACAACAAUGAAUCGUGCGCGAAGCAAGUGAACAUGUGGGUCUUUGAAGAGCUUGUUCCGCUCGAUGGCAACGAACAAAAACUCUCGGAUGUCAUUAAUAGUCGGCAUGAAAAUGUCAAGUAUUUACCCGGAAUCAAAAUACCAUCCAAUGUGGUGGCUGUUCCGGAUUUGGCCACUGCCUGCAAAGAUGCUACGCUGUUGAUUUUUGUCCUUCCGCAUCAGUUCUUGCCCAAAUUGUUACCAGUCAUUCGAAAACAUGCACACAGCAAUUGUCGAGGCGUAAGUCUCAUCAAGGGUCUUGAUUUUGAUGACACGACAAAGCGUCCAGUGCUGAUAUCCAAGGCAAUUGAAAAGUCUAUGGGCCAAAAUUUUCAAUGUGGUGUCUUGAUGGGAGCCAAUGUGGCUUCCGAAGUUGCCAAGGGCCAAAUGUGCGAGUCAACUCUGGCCUGCACUUUUGGAGCUCCAUUGGAUGAAAGAACUCGUAGAGUUUUUGAUCGCCCACCAAACUUUAGAGUACAACAAAUUGCAGAUGUGGCUGGUGCCGAAGCCUGCGGUGCCCUCAAAAAUGUAAUUGCUCUGGGAGCAGGGUUUGUAGAUGGUCUAGGGCUUGGUGGGAACACCAAGGCAGCUUUGCUGCGAAUAGGACUGUUGGAAAUGUCCAAAUUCUGUCACUUUUUCUUUGGUGAAAAUGUCAAGAAUGACACAUUCCUUCAAAGCUGUGGAAUGGCAGAUUUGAUCACAACCUGCUAUGGCGGACGCAAUCGCAAAUGCGCCGAAGCCUUUGCUAGAAGGAUACAGCAACGGAAAGGAGGCAUUGCCGACAACAGCAACAAGUCACUGGAAAGCAUCUGGCAAGACAUUGAGUCAGAGCUAUUGAAUGGCCAGAAACUUCAAGGGACAUUGACCGCCAAAGAAGUUUAUGUUCUUUUGAAUUCUAGUGGCAUGCUGGAAGCAUUCCCUCUGAUUUCAACAAUAUACGAAAUUGCCUUUGAGGGAAGACCCGUGCACGAGAUUGUCCAAGGCAUCCAUGUGUCGCAUCAAGGCGCUUUUGGUCGAUCCCGGAUGUAA